AUGGCAGGUCUUGAAGUUUCAAGCAGCAGGUUGUUUUCAAAGCGUAAUUUUCCGUCGUUGUGUUAUCGUCGUGGAAUAGUCGGCUCGACCCUUACCGCACCGAGGGUCCAUCUCGGUCCAGUCUGUCUCCCGAAGCUCUCCAGCAGAGAUUUGGCCGAGGAAUUCGAGAAGAGAACCGGUUACCCGAUCGCUAGACAGACCACAAAAUCAUCUGAUCGUCAAGUGAUCGCCAAGCUUUAUGCAAUCAUGGAGGCUGUUGCGGAUAGAGUGGAGAUGCAUAACAAUAUAGGAUAUCAGCGUGAUAAUUGGAACCGACUCCUUUCGACUUCCAUCAACACCAUGACUUUAACCGGCGCAACCAUGGCCGGACUAGCCGCCACGGUUGCUGCAGAAGGGGCUCCUUUUACGGCACUCAAGCUAUCUUCUGUCGUACUUUACGUUGCGGCCACGGGAUUGUUGCUGGUUAUGAACAAGAUUCAACCAUCCCAACUCGCGGAAGAACAAAGAAACGCAUCGAGAUUGUUCAAGCAGCUCUAUUUUCAGAUUCAAACAACUCUGUCUGUUGGCAAACCAGAUACAAGUGACGUUAAUGAAGCAAUGGAGAAAGUUUUAGCACUCGAUAAGGCGUGUCCACUUUCUUUAAUGGGUUCCAUGCUUGAAAAAUUCCCAUCGGAAGUAGAACCGGCAAGGUGGUGGCCAAAACAAAGGCAAAAGCAAGUGUCUCUGGGGGAAAACAAUGGCUGGAACAGGAAGCUAGAGAAAGAAAUGAAGCAAAUUGUUAGUGCUUUGAAGAAGAAAGAUUCGGCAGAGUACAUUGAUUUGUGCAACAAAACAUUGAAACUCAACAAAAUGUUGGCAACAUCUGGUCCCUUAUUGACCCUUUUAGCGGCAUUGGGGUCUUCCUGUGUGGGCACUACUCAUUGUUCGUGGCCGGUGACGAUCGGAGUCAUGGCAGGCGCGAUGGCUGCCGUAGUGAACACGGUGGAACAUGGCAGCCAAGUCGGGAUGGUGGUCGAAAUGUAUCGGAACAAUGCCGGAUUCUUUAAGCUGAUUGAAGAGAACAUAAUGUCAAAUAUGAGUGAGAAAGAUGUUGGGAGAAGAGAAAAUGGAGAAAUCCUUGAAAUGAAGGUGGCUUUGCAGCUAGGGAGGAGUUUAUCAGAACUUGAGCAACUUGCAGCAAUUGCAGAAAGUAGUGAAGAAUCUGCAAGCAAACUAUUUUGAUUGAUAUAUGAGCUUAGACAUAUAUAGUUUUUGUAUAUAUGCAUAAUCUAAAUUUCAAACAUUGGUAUCAUCAUAUGAUUUUAACACAUUGGUUG